GGGCGCAUUCGCUUAUUUGUGGGUUCAUUGAUUUUUUUUUUUUUUUUAAGAAGUGUGAGCCUGGCUGUGAAUGGACGGAAUCUAAAGCGGCGGAUGUAAGCUUGGCGCUGAUUGGCUGCGGCUUCCCAGCGGCAUGUGUCCGAGGCAGGCUUUUGUAUAUACCAGCCGCAGCUCGGCCCUUUAACAAUGGAUGGGGAGAGCCGUGCGAAUUGAUGGUCUACGGGAAGCAGCGGGGGCUAAACGAGCAAAGGGCAAGAGAUGACUUGGGGGUCUACGCGGCGAUCGGAAGCUGGAUACUGACUGAGAACUCCAUUUUACAGACUUUUCCUGUCUGAUCUUCCAUGCAAUGGAGCUAGAAGGGCUGUGGUGGAAGGGCCAACUUGCAGUAGAUAUCCAUCAGACUCUUCGAUAUAAAGAACUGAAACUUCCUUCCUACAAAGGCCAGUCUCCCCAGCUCAACCUGAGACGCUACUUUGCCGACUUGAUCGCCAUCGUCAGCAAUCGGUUUAAGCUCUGCCCUACUGCCCGACAUCUUGCUGUGUACCUGCUGGAUCUCUUUAUGGACCGAUAUGACAUAUCUAUCCAACAGCUGCAUAUCGUGGCCUUGUCGUGUUUGCUUUUAGCGAGUAAAUUUGAAGACAAGGAAGACCGGGUGCCGAAGCUGGAGCAGCUCAACAGCCUGGGCUGUAUGACCAACAUGAACCUGGUGCUGACCAAACAGAACUUGCUGCACAUGGAGCUUUUGCUACUGGAAACAUUUGAGUGGAACCUGUGUCUCCCCACACCUGCCCACUUCAUUGAGUACUACUUGUCCAUUGCGGUUCAUGACACUGACCUCCAUGACGGCUGGCCGAUGAUUUGUUUGGAGAAGACGAAGAUUUAUAUGGCAAAAUAUGCAGACUACUUCUUGGAAGUAUCUUUGCAAGAUCACAUGUUUUUAAACUACGGCCCAUCCUUGGUGGCUGCUGCAUGUGUAGCCGCAUCUAGAAUUAUCUUGCGGCUCUCACCGUCUUGGCCGACGAGGCUGCAUCGGCUCACCGUGUACGCUUGGGAUAUCCUUGUGCCUUGCAUUGAGAGAUUAUUAAUUGCACACGACAAUGAUGUUAAAGAAGCCAGUAAGCAUAAGAAUCAUCUGUCGCAUACUGCAGCACAGUGCCUCUUUCCUCCUGCAUCUCCAGCGCCCCCACAAGCUCAUGUCCAGCAGCACAUGCCUCCGUAUCUACAGUCGCAACAUCACCAGCUGCAGUUCCACCACUCGGCCCCUCAACCGCAAAACUGCCAACCGAUCAUAACAGCGGCCCAUGCCUCUGCUUUUCCGCUGCAGACUUGCGCUUCUGCUAUCCCCACUAGCAUUCAGGCUCGCGGCCACAUACAGACUACUGCAAGCGUCUCCUUAGCUGCCGUCCCAAUAGAAGUCAAGCCGUGCAUUGGGGUGUCUUACAACAGAAGCUACCAAGUGAACGGACACUACUCGCGAUUAACACAGUGUUUCGACAGGUGAUGAGGCCUGAAUGUGAACAUUCUAUAAACCUGUGAAUUCUGCGGUGAUCCAAAAUUUUCCGUCAGCUUUAUUAUUUUGUCUUUUUGUUUUCGGAAAGAUGCAAUUGCAUAUCGAGAUGAGUCCGAUAAACAAGAAUUGUGCAAAAGCUUCCUCCGUCAAACCACUUUCUUGCUGAAAAAGCAAUCGCCGGACCUUUUUUUUUUUUUUUUUUUUUUUUUUUUUUUUUUAUCCAGUAAACAUUGUGACCUUCAAGGAAACCUGUCUUCUCUAAAUGCAAAUGGUUCUUUUUUUUUUUUUUAUGAAGGAGACUUACAGUAUUAAUAUUUUGCGACUUAAGGAGUACAGAACUACAGAUAUGGCAGUCGGCCGGUUUAACACAAUCGAUAACCACUCGUGCUUUUGUAACUGUAGAUAGUCGUACGGUGCUCAGCUAUGGGAAUUAUGGGUAACUAAUGUUCCUUAUGGUUCCGUCUUCAUUGAAAGAGCUCAAGAAUUCCAUUAUACCUCAAAGGAUGCCAUGUUUGGAAAAGCAAUAUUCCAUACUAACUCAGGGAAAUGAAAUAAUCAUUUGUGCUGCUGGUAUACUGUAUAUUGUAGCUAGGGUUAUACAUGUAUACUAUUUUGGUUAUUGUUUGUCUAACCUUGUGCUGCUUUACAACCUAACUUGGAAUGUGUGACCUCAUCCAUCCAAUUGAAAAUGUCCAUUACUUUCUCUUGCAAGGAACAUCGUAUCUGAUGUCUUUUCUGUAACACUAAAAUGUGCAACACAAUCGUCAAUAUACUGGUAAUUUUUUAGGCGUAGCCGUAGCUGAUUGUAGGUAGAUGUAGUAUAUGGUAGUUUAAUUACAUGCCAAAUGAAACCGACCAAAACUGUUAUAGAAUUCCACUUUGGCAAAGUUUUAAGACUGGAGUGGUUGGCCUGCCUGCUUCCAUAUGGAGAACGAUGGGAGUUCUGUUGCUGAACGCAAAAGGAACCACUGGGGAUUUAAGCUCUACUUUGCUGCCUCUAAAAUAUAUAAAAAGGGUGUCAUUAUUGCAGCUAUAUGUGUAUGUUCAAUGAAUGUUGUUCCAUAGGGUGCUUAACGCGACGCCUAUAUAAUGUGACAAAAAUUGAAUAUAUCCUUGAAAUCAAUCUAGCAUUCUCAGAAUGUUUCUCGAAAAUUCUAGUUCUGUUUUAUUACUUUUUUUUUUUUUUUUAUGUAGUGAUAAGGUUUAUUUUCUCGCUAGUCUGCCAUUUGUCCUGUUUGUGUUGGAUCAGUAUUUAUAGCGUUUUUUUUUUUUUUUUUUUUCACUCCCAUAAAAUAGUGUUAUUUUAGGGAUUGCCGGGAAUUCUAGAAAUGGUUGGAGGCGCAAUUGUUUAACAUUUCAGUAUCAUUACAAUUAUCCUAAUGUAACUACCUCGUGGGAGCUGUCUUUAGUGGGGUCCAAGGGGGUUGUUUAUCAAGGUCCGGAUUUAUCUCCGUAUUUUUAAUAUCAAACUUCGAGCAACUCCGAAUUCCCGAAUGGACCUUAUUUAUGAAGAAAUAAGCCCGAAUAAAUAGGGUCAGCCAAACUUCGGAGCUUUCCCCAAAAACUCUCAAUUGUUCGGAGUUUUCCGCAAAACGACAAUCUUUUUUUCUGCGUUUUUUGCGCCAAAACCCGAAAUCAUCGGAUAUGGGUACAAACAUUAGCGCAGACACUGGGACCUUCCCCAUUGACUUAUACAGAACCUCGAGAGCUUUUAGAUCCCAAUAUUCGGACCUUGAUAAAUAACCCCCCAAGUGUUGGUGCUUUGUGCAUAAUGGUGUUUGCCAGUGCAGAAUUGUCGUCCGGAACACUUAUUGGCCGUGCACUGCUGGUUGCACAGCAGUAUCUAUAGUAUCAAUAGGGGCAAUUGUAUCAUGGAAAGGGUUUUGCAGUUUAGCUGGCACAGUAUGGUGACAUGGCUACAGCCACACAAUCUCAGAAUACCUCAAAACUGAUUUUGCCCCAGGCCCCGCCAUCAUUUACAUCAUGGUGAGAACAAUUCAAUUCCUCCUUGCUUCAAGGAUUCAACUUGAAACUACAGAUCAACGGCUGCUUGAAAACCAAGCGGCAGCAGAUUGUUUUUUGUUUUUGAGCACCAAUAACACUAGCAGAAUAACCAUUUUCUACAUUUACUAACACUGGAUUUUUUUUUGAUUAUUUUUUUUUUUUACUAAAAGGGAAGAAUGGUGGGAAGAUGUAAUUAACAUCUAUAUUCACAGCUACUGUACAUAUUUAAUUUUUGAUUACUUUUUAUUGUCUUAUAAGUAGUAGGAUGCCAGGUCAGUACACUACAGUUUUAUUAUUUAUUGCGUAGAAUCACCUUCUGUUGUUGUAAAGCUACAUAAUCAUGAUACUGAAACAGCCAAAGGUAUGUGCACUGUGAGCUGUUAUGGCUAUUGAGAAUAAUCAACCAUAAUUUCCUGUUGGAGCAGAGAAGCCAAAACGUUGUGGGCCUUCAUCAGAAUGUAGAGAAACUGAUCCAAGUAUUUAACCACAACAAAGAAUUCGGGGUGAGUGCUAUGCACUUCAGUUUUUUUAAAUAAACAUUUUCUUUGUUUAAA